AUGACGUCGUUGGCUCACCAGCUGAAGCGGCUCGCGCUGCCUCAGAGCGACGCCAACCUGCUGACACGCAGAGAGAUCGACUCCCUGCUGUUUGACCCUAAAGAUGCUGCCACCAUGGACCGGAGCACCUUCUACGCCCUCGGUUGCACGGGGCUGGAGGAGCUGCUGGGAAUCGAACCAGCGUUCUCAGAGUUUCAGGACACUCUGUUCAGUCGGGCCUCGCUGACUCUGGAGCGCAGCGUCCAGUCGAAGGAAGUCAACGAGAAGCUGGACGCCGGCGUGUCUCUGUUCCUCACCCGCCUCUGCCCGUACUUCCUCCUCAAGCCGGCUCACAAGUGCAUCGAGUGGCUCGUUCACCGUUUCCACAUCCAGCUGUAUAACCCCGACAGUCUGCUGGCCUGCGCGCUGCCGUAUCACGACACCAACGUGUUCGUCAGAGUUCUGCAGCUCCUCAAGAUCAAAGACGCCACCAACCGCUGGAACUGGCUGCAAGGCCUCCAGAAACCCGGCGUCCCGCUGGCCAGAGGGACUCUGAUCACUCACUGCUACACAGACCUGAGCUUCAUGGACUUCAUCUGCACCAUGGUCACCAAGUCCAUCCAGGCGUAUUCGGGACAGUCUGGCACCUCCUCUCAGCUCAGAGUGAUCUUCUCCUUCUACGCGUCCACCAUCGUCCCCGCUCUGGACGCUGUGGACAAAGUGUCCGACGCCAUCAUCGCCAAACUGCUGCCGUACGUCCAGAAGGGUCUGAAGUCGUCUCUGGUGGACUACCGGGCGGCGUCCUACAUGCUGGUGUGCCAGCUGGCGGUGAAGGUGGUGCUGCAGGACGCGCUGGUGGAGACACUCGCCGUCCUCGUCAGCAAGUCUCUGCUCAGAGAGCCGUCGCUUCCUAAAGAAGGAAUCGGCUGUCUCAUCGUCCUGCUGCAGAGCCAGAGGGAAGGAGCCGCCGGGACACGGUUCUGCGGUCCUCUCUGCUCCGUGUCUCCUCUCGUCUCCACGCUGCAGGUGAUGUCAGUGUCUCAUGACAUCAGUCCUCUGCUGAGCUACGUACUUCCUCACCUGCUCCGCGCUGCGUUCAGCUCGGAUCAGAGCGACGCCGAGCAGCUCGCCGUCCUGGAGGCGAUGCUGCAGAACGUUCCUCUGACCAGAGGCCUGGACCAGACUGUCGCUCGUUUGCUGCUGCAGGAAUAUCUGAGUCAGACUGACCCGACCCCUGAAGACCUGAACGCCCUCAACCAACGUCUGCUGCCCCUGGUCCGACUGCUCGAGUCCAAGUACUGUGGAGCUCUGGACGGAGUCCUCGCAGGUCAUGUGACCGACAUCAGCAGCGCCGAGCAGAAACGUCUCUUCCACCACUUCCUGUCCCUGUCCAUGAGCAGCGGGAAGUAUCAGAUUUUGGGCGAGUCGGACACGUCUCUGCUGCUCAGCCUGAAGCACCCGCAGACGUCAGUGAGGGUCUCGGCGGUGGAUCAGCUGAUGAGCAUCAUCGCCUCCGGACAGCAGCAGAGUUUGGACGAAGUGUUCCUGAAGGAAGCCGUCAGCGAGCGGCUGAAGGACGAUUCGCCGGCCGUCGUCGCCGCGGCUCUCAAAGUGCUCGAGGCUCUGUGUGACGAGCUGGACGCUGAAGACGUCGUUUCAUCUUUACUGUCACUGCUGCACAGAACUGAUCUGUCCCACGCUGAGCAGUGGCUGCCGGUGCAGACGGAGGCGGUGCGUUUACUGUCCGACCCUCGGCUGGGAAAGAGCGACGCUGAGCUGCUGCAGAGAGUCGGCUGGAAGCUGCUGCCGUUCCUGGUUCUCACCGCCGGGCCGAACGCCGCUCAGACUCACCUCGCUUCCUGCAUCGCUCGCUCCUCCGUCAUCAGCCGACACCCGCUCACCCUCAACUGGGCCCAAGGUUUGGACGAGGUGAUGAAACGCAGCUCUGAACUCGACUUCGUGGGUUCGGCCAAUCAGUGUCUCGUCUCCACGGUGACCAAAAACCUGUCCAACAUGGAGCACUUCUGCAGACGGGACGCUCUGGAUAAACUGGCUCAGUCGGUAGAGCAGCAGCGAGGCUCCGGCCUCAGAGAGAGGGCGUCCUUCCUGGUUCUGACCCGGACUCUGCUGCUCAGCCUGGGGGAGCUGAACGAGACCCAGCACCUGCUCACCGCCCAGAGGCUCUACACGCUGCUGGAGGCCCCCCUGCUGGAGCUCGCCGAGGACGACGACGCUCAGGAAGCCGAGCGUCCCGCCGCCGCCCCCGCCUCUUUCUCUGAGGCUCUGACUCUGUACCUGAACAGGUGUGAGCAGCAGCCAGGUGAGAGGCUGGACCCACAGUUCAGCUUCGUUCUGCUCUCUCUGCUCAGAGACUUCAUCUCCUCUCUGAGGUGUCACGACGCCUCGUUCAAAGAGGAGGUUUGGUGGAACCCGGAGAGAUUGGACACGAACACCUGUUGUUAUCUGGGUCUGAUGUGUCGUGUGUUCAGCGUGGUCGUCAGCGGAGCGGCCGACGGGCCGGCGGCCGGCAGCUUCAGAGCGUUGAUGAAAACACUCGUGCAGGUUCACCUGCGGGAGCCGCUGAUGCUCUUCAGGUUCCUGUGCAUGCUGUGGGGAUACGGCGGUAACCAUGGCGACCAGCUGGACGUGAAGGUGGGCGCCGUGCUGCAGACCCGGGCGCUCUACAUGAGCGGCGCUCUGCUGAGCGCUCAGCCGGCCGCGACGCUGGCUCAGCUGACGGCCGCCGAGUCGCCCGUUGUCCCCUCUCUCCUCUGUUGUCUCUCGUCUCCGGUUCGGGAGGUUCGGAGGGCGGCGCUCGGCGCUCUGCAGAGCCUAUCAGGAGCCGGCUCCUCUCCCUUCCAGCCAAUCACAGUGAAGCUCCUGAAGACAUCGGAGGAGAUCAUCGCCGACCCGUCUUACGUUGCCACGGCUCUGGGUGUUCUCCAUGAUGAGUCUCAGCUGCAGCAGCUCCAGGCGUCUCUGCUGCAGCUGCUGCGGUGCGUUCAGGCUCCCAGCUGCCCGUCGUACAGCGCAGCGUCUCUGCUGCGAGCGCUGAGCCACGUUAACGGAGAGUCCGUCCUGUCCUCCCUGCUCCCCGUCCUGGAGCGGCUGCUGGAGCAGAGGGACCCUGACACCCCCACCCUGCUGCGUUCCGAGGCCCAGCUGAUGCAGCUCGUCUUGGGUCAGUUCAACGAGGCGUCGGCCCCCCUGCUGGCCAAAGACCAGAUCUGCCUGGACCUGUUCGUCCGCGCUCUGAGGACCCCGACCCCCCCGCACCCCGACGUCCCCAGCUGCCAGAUCAUCGCUCUGGAACAGAUCACAAAGUCGUUCUUCUCGGCGCUCGGAGACGAGAAGGUUCAGCAGAAGCUUCUGUCGGUGAUGUUCGACCUGCUGGUGGAGAGCAGGAGCCCCCUGGUGGCCAACACGGUCAGCAGCGCCUUCAAAGCGAUCGCCGUCGACGGUCAGCUGGUGGCCAAUGAGCUCGCUCCUCCAGAGAAACCUAAAGUUAGCGUGACGGUGCAGCAAACCCGCCGCAGCAAAAUGCUGCAGAGGAAACCGGAGGAGGGCGGUGAUGCCGGGCCAGUGGGGGGCGCUGUGUCGUGGCAGAGAGUCACGCUGAUCCUGGAGCUGCUGCAGCACAAGAAGAAGCUGAAGAGAGCUCAGACGCUGGUGCCGGUUCUGUUCACUCUGCUCAGCAGGAGUUUAGAAACGAGUUCAGCCGACGACACAAACCUGGAAUACAGUAAACAGCUGCUGCUCAGCUGUCUGCUCAACAUCUGCACCAAGCUGUCAGCUGACGGACAACCUGUGGACAAAGAUGUUCUGGAUGAGGACCGGUUCAGUGUGGAGUUGGUGGUUCAGGUCAUCAGAACGUCCGACAUGCCGCAGACUCAUCAUCACGCUCUGCUGCUGCUCGGCACCGUGGCCUCCAUCUUCCCGGAGAAGGUGCUCCACAACAUCAUGCCCAUCUUCACCUUCAUGGGAGCGAACAUCAUGAGGCUGGACGACGCUUACAGCUUCAGAGUCAUCGACAAGACCGUGCAGAUGGUCAUACCUGCUCUGAUCCAGGCUCACAGUCUCUCUGACGGUCAGUCUUCAGCUCACGUGGUUGCCGUGGUGACGAAGAUCAUGCACGUGUUUGCCGACGCUCUUCCUCACGUGCCCGAGCAUCGGCGGCUGCCCAUCCUCAGUCAGCUGGUGACCACGCUGGGCCCGGCCCGCUUCCUCUGGGUCCUAAUGCUCCUCCUGUUCAAGCUGCACGCCACGCAGGCCGCCGACGGUGAUAAGGACGCAGCCCUGGAGCCAGAUGUGGACUUCUGGAUCUCGGUGUGUGGUCAGUUUGAGGUUUCUGAGCAGCUCUCUACUCUCAUCAGCAUCCUGAAAUUCCUGCUGCAGCUUCCUGACGACAAAGACGACGCUCCAGUGAAGCGCACCGUCGGCCGGAGGGGAGCCAAGAAGAAGGAAGAGGAGGAGGAGGAGAAGGUGGAGGAGUUGAUCUUCAGCCUGGAGACUCACAGCAGCAAAGAGCUGAGACACUUUAAGUUCCUGUCCGUUUCCUUCAUGGCUCAGCUGCUCGGCUCGGCCAGCUUCAUCGGGAAGGUGGCGGACUGCGGCGACGUCGUUGAUGAGUCUCUGCAGCAGCUGCAGCAGGGGCUGCUGGAGGAGAUCCUGCGUUACAUCCACAGCGUCGCUCGCUGCGUGGAGGAAAACGCCGACAAGCCCACCGCCAAGUUCUGGAGAGUCCUGCUGAAUAAAGCCUACGAUGUUCUGGACAAGGUGAACGCCUUGUUGCCCACGGAUACCUUCAUCACGGUGAUGAGGGGGCUGAUGGGUAACGAGCUGGCCUCUGUCAGGAGGAAGGCGAUGGAGCUGCUCAAUAAUAAACUGCAGCACAGGACGCAGUGGGACGAGCAACAGGUCACUGUGCUCUUACAGCUGAUCGGCGACCUGCUGAGCAUUGUGGGUAAAGGUGCGGGUCAUGUGACGGAGGCGGAGGUCGCCAUCAACCGGCAGACGGCGCUCUACAGCCUGAAGCUGCUCUGCCGCAGUUUCGGCAGCGACCACCAGGAGGCGUUCGUGCCCGUGCUGCAGAGGACGGUGGACAUCGUCACGGCAACAGACGAGGAGAAGAACGUGACGGGCAGCGCUCUGCUGUGCGUGGCCGAGGUCGUCGGAGCGCUGCGAGCGCUCGCCGUGCCUCAGCUGCCCCGACUGAUGCCGGCGCUGCUGCACACGCUCAGUGACCGCAAGGAGCUGCUGACCAAUGAGAUCUAUCUGCUGAGCGCCGUCACCGCCCUGCAGCGCAGCGCCGAGACGCUGCCCAACUUCAUCAGCCCGUACCUGCAGGACACCACCGCACAGGUGUGUCGGCUGACUCGGCUGGUCGAGGCCUCCUCUUCCUCCUCUUCCUCCUCCUCUUCCUCCUCCGCCUUCGCUCAGCUGACGGUGCGUCUCUGCUCUCUGAGGACCACGCUGGCCACCAAGCUGCCCCCCAGGGUGCUGCUGCCAACCCUCGCUAAGUGCUACAGCGCCAUGGUGCAGGACAGGAAGAGCCAGCUGGAGGCGCUGAUGAGCAUCCUGAAGGAACACAUCACACACAUGGAGAAAGAUCAGCUCAACUUCCACCAAUCAGAGCUCACCGCCUUCUUCCUCACUGCGCUGGACUUCAGAGCCGAGCACUGUCAGGGUGACCUGGCGAGCACAGCGCAGGUCGAGGGCUCAGUGAUCGACUGUCUGAUCGUCAUGGUGAUGAAACUGUCGGAGGUGACGUUCAGGCCGCUCUUCUUCAAGCUUUUCGAUUGGGCUAAAUCUGAAACAGGAAGUAAAGAUCGUCUGCUGACCUUCUACCGACUGUCCGAUCGCAUCGCCGAGCGGCUCAAAGGUUUGUUCGUCCUGUUCGCCGGAAACCUGGUGAAGAGUUUCUCUGACCUGCUGAGACAAACCAACGCCUCCAAGACUGACGAGCGGGUGUUUGAAGGCGAGCACGGCGCUGAGAAGAACGACCUGCUGCUUCGCUUCGUGCUCGACUGUCUGCAGAAGAUCUUCCUCUACGACACGCAACGCUUCCUCAGCAAGGAGAGAGCCGACGCACUGCUGGGACCGCUGGUGGACCAGGUGGAGAACACUGUGGGUGGGGAGCAGCUGUACCAGCGGAUGGUGACCCAGCACCUGGUUCCGUGUGUGGGUCAGUUCUCUGUGGCGCUGGCCGACGACGCGCUGUGGAAGAGCCUCAACUACCAAAUCCUGCUGAAGACCAGACACACCGACUCCAAGGUGCGGUUCUCCUCCCUGUUGGUGCUCAUGGAGCUCGCAGCCAAACUGAAGGAGAACUACAUGGUGCUGCUGCCAGAGACCAUCCCCUUCCUGGCUGAGCUCAUGGAGGAUGAGUGUGAGGAGGUGGAGCAGCAGGUGCAGAAGGUGGUUCAGGAGAUGGAGAACAUCCUGGGAGAGCCGCUGCAGAGCUACUUCUAACCCCGACCCUCACCUCACACUUCUCUCUGUUCCUUUGAGUUUUAUAAGAAAUAAACAUUUCAGCGUCUCCAUCAGACUGAGUUUGUUGUUUUUGUUUAG